CGAGGGCUCCCUUCUCCCUUCCUGUCUCUUCCGGCGGAGUCGCGAACUUGGGUGUUUGUUCUCUCUCGCAGAGCUAAGGUCGGAUCGACGACUUACACCGAUUUUGAGUUCCAUCCGUGUCACGAGAAGUCAAAUCUAAACGGGAAAAAUGACGACCGAAGCCGAGCUCGCGUGCGUUUAUUCCGCGUUGAUACUCGUCGACGACGACAUCGCCGUAACCGGUGAGAAGAUACAGACAAUUUUAAAAGCAGCCAAUGUAAAUGUUGAAUCUUAUUGGCCUGGACUUUUUGCUAAAGCCUUGGAAGGCGUAAAUGUUAAAGAAUUAAUUACCAACAUCGGAUCUGGUGUCGGAGCAGCACCUGCAGGAGCAGCUCCAGCUGCUGCAGCGCCCGUUAGCACCGAAGCUGCUCCAGCCAAAGAAGAAAAGAAGAAGGAAGAACCAGAGGAAGAAUCAGACGACGACAUGGGAUUCGGUCUAUUCGACUAGGGAUCAGGGAUCGCGUUGGUCCAUUCCUUUUUAUGUAUGUACUGUUAUAUUGUACACACGAUAUAAACAAUGAAAACAUUUUGAUAAGAAAA